CUCAAAAGAUUAGGCCUUGGGCUCUCCUGCGAGUUCGAUUGUGACCAGAUUCCUGAAAUCUUAGUGGCUAGUGGCGAUUGCGACUUUCUGGAAAAGCUGUGCUUAAAGUAUGGCACUAGGUCGUCGCCGUUGGCACUAGAGACUCUGCGACUAGGGCAUGGAAUGUUCGUCUACAAAUCUAAGUCACCGAAUACCGGGAACUACCUUUCAAAGCUUGUCAAGUUCCGGGACAUUAAGACCUUGCACAUAUACAAUGGCCUUGUUCAUGAGACGGAUGACUGGGACUUUGAACCAGUGCCCAUGCAAGUUCAAUGGAAUUUCUUUACAGAAUGCGCGUCUCUCUGUCAACUCUCGGUGACUAGACUGGACAAGAAGCUUCGACGAUGGCUCAAUACUAGCGUGAAGUCAGUCGAAGAGCUUUUGGUCACAGAGCAUUACAGCAUGUACGACAAUGGUUUGGGCAAUUUUGAUAUUUUGGAAUUGCCACAGCUCUCGAUGCUUUUCACACGCGAAAUGACGAUAUCCAAGCAUCCGAACGCUCGCGGUUGGCGAGGCAUCAACCCCGAGUCCCGGGAGCAAAUACGCGUCGACAAGCAUAACAUUACUACUCUAGAUCGCCUUCCUGAUAAUAUAGCUAACCUCACACGACUCGGAAUGUGUAUUGAGCUGGAGAAUCAAUGGGUGCGAUUCUCUUCUCACCUACCUCAGCUGCGGCGCCUCACCUACCUCCGCAUAGAUGGCAAGAGUCAUCGAUCGGGCAGAUACCCAGCAACAUCUACGUCUCUUUGGCCCGGGAUCGUCAAGCCAAAGGAAAUUGCAAAACGCUACAUCCAGCUAAUGCGCUCUGAAUGUCCGUCGCUGCAAUACGUCCAGGUUAAAAACUGGGCCUGGCAGAUCACCUCGCCGAUGCCAGGGGUGCCUGCUCGAGAGGCCCAUGUUGAGCUCCGCGAGUUGGAGUGGGAGGAGCGCAUGGGUAUCGAAUUAUUUGCCCUGGAUUCUUUUGCACCGCAAUCCGGACUCCCUGGGCCAGACGAUUAUUACGAGGAAUUGUCCGAGGAAGAGGAGUUGCGCAUGGACCGGAUGGUCGCUGAAGUGGAGAGGAGAAUCGCUGCUGGUGAUCAUAACAUGACGGACUUGAUCGAAGCUGUACAAUGAACCCAUCUAUAUCAAUUCGAUGUGCUCGAUGUACCAAUAUCAUGAGAGAGGUCCCACUGCUUCUGGAGCCUGGAAGCUAUGUAGAGUACUAGUGGAUUGGGAGAUCCUGUAAUGGAAGUGUGCUGGACCGCUUGCAUCACGAAUGACUGCAGCCAGACUUCUUCAAAGAUCCAUAUACAUGAACUGGAUGGGAUGGAAUUAGCAGAUAUUGGUCCCAAGUGAUCUUCACUCCUCAAUCGAGGACUUCCUCCGUGGUUGUUUAGACCUUUGAGAUACUCUAAAUGGCGAGUCACGUGAGAUUGCUGGAGCGGAUCAACAUUUUCGCGCAACACGUGCUAAGAUAAGACGACGUUGCCUCUCUGGCCUCAAAACUAACGUCUCCAC